AUGACCCCGGUACCGGCGGACGAGAUGGACAAUCUGACCGAGGACAAAGGGUUCACUGACUUUGAUGAAGAUGAAAAAGGCUCCUGUGACCAGGUGCGGAGUUUCCUGUCUUGCUCCCGCCUGGCCCACGUUGUCAAGACAACCGUCGUCAUGGCAAUUUUGAUAACGUCUGUAACAUUUAUCAUACUGCAAGUGAGCACGCCACAUCCAGACUUCGAUACGGUACGAAACCACUCUGCGUUGAUCAGUAGUCUGGAGAAACAACUUUCGACUCUUCGGAAAGACCUCGAAACUCGCUUCGAUCCGGCCUUUAGCCUGAAGGAGCAGGAAAAACAUCUGGAUAAAUGCUUGUCACUGAUCAACAACCUUGAACAACGGGUAUCGAAGAACGAGAAACUCCUAGACAACGUAUCCAUGAGCGUCAGCCGUUUGCCAGACCGAAUAUUGAACCUUGAGGAACACCACGACAACCAAUCUGCAUUAGUCAACCGACUGGAGGAGCAAGCGCCAAACCUUGAGGAACACCAGGACAACCGCUCAACACUUGUCACCCGAAUGGAAGAGCAAGCGCCAAGCCUUGUAGUACACCAGGACAACAGCUCAGCACUUGUCAGCCGACUGAAGGAGCAAGACCCAACCCUUGUGGAACACCAAGACAACCGCUCAACACUUGUCACCCGAAUGGAAGAGCAAGCACCAAGCCUUGUGGUACACCAGGACAACCGCUCAGCACCUGUCAACCGAAUGGAAGAGAAAAGCUCAACCGAUGUAGAAAACGAAGACAACCGAUCAGCACUCUUCAACGGAAUGGAAGAGCAAGCACCAAGCCUUGGGGUACACCAGGACAACCGCUUAGCACUUGUCAACCGACUGGGAGAGCGAGUACCAACACCUGAGGAACGAUGCGACAACCACUCAACACUUGUCAGCCGUGAUGGCCUAGUGUCGAUUUUGGAAGAGGAACACAGCAACGCCCAUUCAGCGCAGGUUAUCCGCAUGCGGGACCAAGUAUUGACCCUUGCAGAUCAUCUCGGCAACUAUUCAGCACUUGUUAACCGUCUGCAGAAACAAUUGUCUUAUCUUGAGGAACGCCACGACAACAACACUGCACUGGUCAACCGUCUGGAAGGCCAAGUAUUGUUCCUCAAUAAACGUCAUUACAACCGUUCUGCAUUCGACAGCCGUCUGGAGGAGAGCCCAGUCUUGACCCUUAAUGAACACCUUGAAACGCUUUCAGCAAUGAUCACCAAUCUAAAUGACCAGGUGUCGAGUCUUAACAACGAACAGAUCAGCAACCGCUUGAGUCUGGUUAGCCUACUAGAAGGCAAAGUGUCGACCCUUCCGGAACGCCAAGACAAUAGUUCAGCAUUGAUCCGCCGUAUAGAGGGCCGAGUGUUUACCCUUGAGGAACAUGUCAAGAACCGUUCAGCAGUGAUAGAUCGUCUAAAGGACCAAGUAUCGACCAUCGAAGAACGGGUCGACAACUGUGCAGCACUUGUCAGCCGACUUGUUGAGCACCUACCACCCCGUGAGGAACAAAAUCACAACCGCUCAACGCUAACCAGUAGUCUGGAGAAGCAAGUAACCACCCACGGAGGACACCUCAAGACCCACUCAACACUGAUCAGCCGUCUGAAAGACCAAGUUUUGACCCUGGAGAAAAUGCAGAACGAUCGUUUAUCACUGUUCAACAGACUGGAUGGCCAAAUGUCGAUAAUGGUGGAACACAGCAACAACCACACGGCACAGGGCAUCCGUUUUGAGAAACAAAUGUCUGCCCUUGAAGAACAUAUAGGCACCUUCUCAGCACUGGUCAGUCGUCAAGAGGACAAAUUAUUUCGUCUUGAAGAACGCCACGAUAACCACUCUGUGCUGGUCAGUCAUCUGGAGGGUCAAGUAUUGCCCCUCAAGGAAAGUCAUGACAACAGUUCUACACUGUUCAGCCGUCUGGAGGACCAAGUGUCAACCCUUGCGGAACGCCAGGACAACCACUCAGACCUAAUAGGUCGUCUGAUGAACCUAUUCUUGACCCUGGAAGAGCAACUUGAUUACCCACCAGCACUGGAGAAACACCAUGACAACUGUUCUGCAGUGGUGAGCAGCCUAGAGAACCAAGUGUCGACCAUCAAAGAACGCCAGGACAAUCGUUCAGCUUUGUUCAGCCUUCUGGAAGAACAGGUAUUGACAUUAAAAAAAGACCAGGAGAAGCAUUCAGCUAUGGUAAGCCGUGUCGAGGGCCAAGUAUGGACCCUGGAGGAACGCCACAACAAUCGGUCAGCAUUGAUCAGCCGUCUGGAGCACCAAGUGUUGACCUUUGAAGAACACCUCAAAAAGUGGUCAGCACUGGUCAGCAGUCUGAAGGGUCAAGUAUCGAACCCUGAAGAAUGGAUCAAAACCUGCUUAAGUCUGGACAGCCGUCUUGAAAGCCGAGUAUCCACCCUGGAGGAACACCACGUCAAUCUCUCAGCAUUGGUCAGCCGUCUGGAGGGCCAAAUAUUGACCUUUGAAAAACACCUCAAGAAGUGCUCUGCAUCGGUCAGUAGUCUGAAGGAUCAAGUGUUGACCCUUGAAGAAUGGAUCGACAACCGCUUAAGUGUGGUGAGCCGUCUCGAGGGCCAAAUGUGGACCCUGCAGAAACGCCACGAUAAUUGCUCAGCAAAAGUCAGCCAUCUGAAGGGCAAAGUAUUAGCCCUUGAAGAACGCCACAAGAAGCAUUCAUCAGUAAUACACCAUCUGAAGGACCGAGUAUCGACCCUUGAGGAACGGAUCGAAAACCACCUAAGUCUGGACAGCAGUAUCGAGGGCAAAGUGUCGACUCCUAAAGAACGCCAUGAUAACCGCCUAGCACUGGCCCAACGGAACCUUGAAGAACGUCUCGAUAACCUCUCAAGACUGCUCAGCCGUCUGGAAAACCAUGUGUUAGCCCUUGAAGGACGUCUGGACAGUCGCUCAACGCUAACCAGCCGUCUGAAGGGCCAAGUGUCGACCCCUGAGGAUCAAGCGACCCAAAUUGGAACCAGCCGACCUCACCUUCAGGUGGACGCAGAGGUGCUUAUAGGCAAUACUGACAGGAACUCAGAAGUUCGGCACCUUCUUGUCCUUCCGAUCACCGCAAGGUUUGUUCGUUUCUACCCGGUGACGUGGUACUCAUACCCCAGUAUGAGGAUGGAGGUUCUCCUGUGUGUGAAUGGGAAGACGAUGUCAGGUUGUCCCAUAGCAGACUACGUUCGUUUUAACGGAGUUUGCUACAAGAGCUUUACGGAACCAAAAACUCCCGAUGAGGCCAGACAGGCUUGUGCCGAAGACGGGGGCAUGUUAGCCAUGCCGAAGGACAGAGCGACCAACACUUUUCUCGCCAGUCUACAGAAGGACAUCGGAGGUUACUGGCUUGGGCUGACCUACGCCAAUCGAGACGGCCAGCCCGGCACUACAGCUAAAACAACAACGAAAGCAACAACCUCUCCUCUGCGUAAGUAA